AUGGAGGGAAGCCUGAAGCAGCUCAGCCUGGGGAGGGAGACUGAGGAGACAAGGGACAGCCAGGCCCUGGCUGAGCUCCAGGAACUGGCCAUGAAAUGGUUCAUGGAGACCCAAGCCCCCUUCAUCCUGCAGAAUGGGGCCCUGCCCCCCUGGUUUCAUGGAUUCAUCACCCGCAACUGUAUGGAUCUGUCCUUGAUCCACAACCAUCAGGUGGACAGUGUGUGGUUGGAGUUGCAGCUAGUAUGCCUGCUGGCACUUCCCAGGUCCUCAGGUUUGGAAACCUCUUCCCAGCUCCCUGAGGAACACUCCCUGGCUCCAAGGCCAAAGGGUGGCCCCAGGUCAGGUUUGCACUGGACAGAUAGCUGGAGCCCCUCUCCUGUACCCAGGCCUGGAGUUCAGACCCCAGGCCAAGGCCAGGAUGCCUCUGGCCAGCAGCCCAGACCACCCGUGUUUGUGUGCAGGGGCAGCGAUCGCUGCCGGCAUUUUGUUAUCAACCAGCUCCGAAACCGUCGCUACCUCAUCUCUGGUGACACCCUCAGCCACAGCACCCUGGCGGAGCUGGUGCGCCAUUACCAGGAAGUGCAGCUUGAGCCCUUUGGGGAGACCUURGCUGCUGCCUGCCCCCGGCCAGAGGACAAUGAUCUGUAUGAUGCUAUCACCCUGGGCCUCCACCAGACCAACCUGGAAAAUCCACCYGCAUCCCCCACAGUGGUCCCCGACAAGGCUGCCAGCCCCUCCCCCUCUGCAAAGCCCCAGGUCUCCUUCCUCCACACAAAGAAGAGCCUGGAUGUGAGUCCCUGGAACCCCUCCAAGGAGGAAAGCACGGAGACCCCCAUCAGGGUACCCCCCCUCCCUGAGAGGAGUACCUCCCUCCUGGACGAGUCUUUUUCAGGCCCCAGUGACAUCAUCUACGCAGACCUGAAGAAGAUGAACCAGGCACGGCCAGGCCUGGGCACAGAAGCAUCCAGCAGGCAUGGGUCAAUUCCAGCUAGCAGCCAGGCCUGCUCCCUAGGCAGGGAGGUUCUGAAGAGACCUUCAGAUGGAGACCAGAAUAGACCUGAUGGCCCAGGGCCUGCCCUCUCUGGGGUGAGCCCCGACCAGGGCUCUACAAUGUCUUCCACGUCCUGGGGGUUUCUYCUGGCCCCCAGUUCUGAGGCCCUGGGAUCUCGGGCUGCUACCUGGAGGCAGGGGUUUCUGAAACAAGGUCCCGAGGCUCAKUCCUGCUCCCAGGGCAGCUCUGCAGAUUCCUAUGAGCUUGUUGGGACAGCAGACCAAGGAGGCAGUCCUUAUGAGCAGAUUCCAGCUUGUUGGAGUGGCCCAGCCAGGCCUCCACAUCUUGGGGCCAGUCCCACAUAUAGCAAACUGUCAAGGCCUGCAGACUGUGGCUAUGAGAAGAUCUUGGGGACCCCAGAGCUCCCAGAGCCUGGGAACACCUAUGAGCAAAUCCCAGCUGCCAAGAGCAAGGAGUCUGGACGAACACACAAGGUGAGCUCUAUGGGUGGGAUGGGAGGCUACCUGAUCUUAGGGAACACCUGGUGAUAGUAAGGGGACCUGAAACUUUUAGGCACUGGCAGGUCAGGACACUUCCAUUGCCCACAAUUUUCUAGCCCUGACAUCCACCUGGUGGAGAURGUACUAAGAAAAGCAGCUGCUUGAUUUGAGUGUUAGAUGGGGCCUUCAAGCCCAUCUAAGARCUUUCUCUGCAGCAGACCAGGCUCUCUGGCCCUCUCUCAGCCACUGCAGGGGCCUUGGAGCUCUGAGAAAUGAAGAAGGGCCCCUUAGCUCUAAUUAUGGUUGAGCCACUCCCAGUUUUGUAACUUUGGGCAAGACAACUUCCCUGGCAACUAAGAUUGCCAGAUUCAGCAUGAUAAAAUAUAGAGCAUAUAAGUAAAUUUGAAUUUCAGAUAAACAAUAAAUAUUUUUUAAAAAAAUGUCUCAAGUAACUGCAAUUAUUCCCUAUUUAUCUGAAUUCAAAUGUAACUGGGCAUUAUAUAUUAUUUGGCAACCCUAUCCAGGCAGGACCUUUGUUUCCUGCUCUGUAAAAUAAUGGGCAGACCCUCUGGUUGUGUCCAGCAGCAGCUGCCCAAGGAUAGUGCUACACAUCCUCUUGCGCUCUGGACACAGCACAGAGAAAGCUCUUGGCGAAUAGGGCUGUUAAUUCUGAGGGUUUCUAAUAAGGAAGAAGAGGAAAACUUGGGGAUCUGGAGAGCAGAGGGAAGCAGUUGGGGUGGGGCUAGCCCAGGGUUCCCAGGGAAGCAAAGGAGGCCUCCUGUGCCCUCAGCUCUGGCUGCACUCUGCCUAUACCUGGCAACAGUGGGAUCACAGAGUCCCUGCCUGUGGGCAUGGCCUCAGACUCAGGCAAUAGAAACCCUAGACACCCUGAGAUCUUAGGUGAAAGGCCUUCAGGGAACCCCUCCAGCAACUCCCUCAGGGUAGGCUGAGCCCACGUCCCCCCACACAACAACCUCUGAGGUYCUGACCCUCCUGGGCCAGUCAGUGGGCAGUCCUUUAAGGACCUCAGAAGCCACAUCCCAUGUCUGCUGGCUGUUGUCCUGUGUYUUCUCCUAAACCAGUGGCCCUGGGUCAACUCUUCCCCGAUUCUGCCUCACGAAUGCAGAGUCAGGGCCCUAGCUGGGGUGCAGAACUUGGGGUUGAGCACUCAGGGAGUAAGCUGAGCUUUAUUUUCCACUUUUUUUUUUUUUUGGUACUCCUUCCUCUUCCCUCUUCUUAACCAGAGGCAGGUGAAUCCUUCUGCCCAAACUGAGUUUCAGGCACUGAGAGAGGCUUGUGGGAGCAAUCAUCAAUAUUCCAAUUUGGCCCCAUUUCCUGGGCUUGGACCGCCAACCCCAGGCCAAUGCUGAUGGGUCUCUAAGCCAGGGUCUUUCCUCCCCUGUUCAGAGACCCCAGGUGCCAGCAUCUUCUCCUUUAUUGCAGCCUGACAAGCUCCGGAGGCUGUUCUUCGCAGACAAGAAGGCUAAAUUCUGAGAAGGGCCUGGAAUCCAGUGGGUUUCCUAGUAUCCAGGCUAUGCCAGGGAUUACUGUGAAGCCCUCAGCUCACCUGCAGGUGGCCYUCGGAUCCUUGGGCCCAACCAGUGCCCCAGAGACACAGACGGGAUGCCUACCUGGGAAGAGGUGGGAGGGACUUUCCAGCCACCUGCAGUUGCUGGCUGUGUCCUGUUUUCCCAGUGCCUCCGGUCCAUGCAGAGGAGGGAAUAAGGCCAGAGAAUGGGUACUGGUCAAAGACAGAGGCCAGCAACCCUAUUUCUUAGUUGAACAUGUAGAGGCCUGGGCUGAUGGAAGGAGCCCACUUGCCAAACAUGUGGCAGGCCCUGGGCCAGGACAGACAUUUUCCUAACAGGCUGAGUGACAUCAUGCAAUUGCUCUUGAGAACAAAACCAGUUCCCCUUCUCAAGGACCUAUCARUAGGAAGGAGGGGAGGGUCAGGAGCCAUAUCCUCUGCUUCUGUUCCCUGGGGACCAGAACAAGAAGCCAGGGAUGUGGCUACAAAGACCUAGCCUCCAGGCCAUGGCUGUGAUCCUGGAGCAGGCCAGGCUCCCAAGAACUGCUCCUUGGCYAUUCCCUGUCCCCUAUUUUGAUCCCAGCCUCACCAUGCAUGCUGGGCAGAUCCUAAGAAGCACCAGUCCAAUCUCUCUGUGCCACAGAUGAAGAAACUAAGGCCUAGACAAGAGUAGGCCAYUUGGCACCACAGAGCUGGUCAGGGCUUGAGCAGAUACUUCUUAGUUAASACAGGGUCCAGCUUGAGGUUAGCCUGAGAUGGACUGCUGGGUGACAUCUAGAAUACCCAGUGGACACCUAGUAGCCAUCCCUGUGUGGCCAGGUCACCUCUUCACCUGCCUUUUGCUUUCAGCCAGUACUGACCUUUUGAGUGGAUCUUAGACUCCACCCAUGAGACCCAGCUACAACCUGGUGGCCCUGUCUCUAAGGAGCCCUCAGAGUCUUGUCUAGACACCAGGUCUGGACAUAGGGCACUCAGGUCUCCUGCUCUGUCAUUCCCUCAGGCCCGGCUAGCUGUUCCUGAGAUCCUUCCUGUUUUGUCCUACAUCCUUCCUCACCCAUGUGUCCCUACCUCUAUAAGGGUGAGCACCUGGCUAGCUGUCCCCCUCCGCACUGCCUCCAGAGGAGACAGAGACCAGAAUUAACCAUCUCCAGAUGGAAGAUCAUAGGGGCCCCUCCUCUCCACCCCAGACCCUGGGCAGACUUGGCUCAGUGCACAUUUGUAGGGAAGAUCUAUCCUUAGGGGCACUUGGCUAUGCAA